CAUGCUCAGGUGACGCCUCGGUCUCUACUCAAGGACACUUUCACCCACAUGCGAAAUACUUUUAUGUUGAAAAUAAUUUUUUAAUAGUUUUUUUUGUUUGUUUUUAAAAAAUGAAAACGCACAAUGGCUUAAUUGGGCUUACCAUUAUUAUGACUUUGGGCUUUACUCUUCCUGGAGCACAAGGUAAGCUGCUGGUGUCCGCAGAAGGUGCCACCAGAGUCGACACAACAGCAGGUGACAAUCUCACCCUGGCCGUGUCCUUCAGCGGGGCAGCAGACCCAGCGGUGACAUGGUUCAAAGGCCACCUGCCCAUCGUAACCUGGACCAUCGGCUCAGAUGCUCCCCCGGAUGUGGCAAUGGAAUACAAGGAAAUUUUGAGGCUGGAACCCAGCGGGUCCCUCAGUUUUGUCCACGUGCCACUGGAUUACGGGGACAACUACUCGGUGGAGAUGACUAAAUCUGGACUUGGAACAGCCUCUGUCAAUUUCACUCUGAGGGUUUUUGAGUCCUUCCAAAACGUAACUCUGACCGUGUCACCCGACUUAAUCAUAGAGGGCAGCGAACAGUUCCUGCUGCAGUACAGCAUGCUCCACGGCGUGGUGGAGCACCAGCUGUGGUUCUUCAACGACCGCCGUAUCACAGAAGAAGAUGACCCGCGAUACUCAAUGCAGCCCGGCAGCCUAGCGGUCCACGGGCCCCACCGGAGUGACACGGGACGUUACACGGUGUCAUUGACCAACCCCUUCAGCAGUGUGACGCUUCACUUGAACAUCACCAUUUUGUAUGGUCCAGAUGAGCCCAGAAUCCAAAUCAACCCACUUCAGGAAUUUUAUGUAUCAGGAGAUUCACUCACGUUAUCCUGCCAGGCAGAUGGGUCACCGCAGCCUCUCGUGGAGUGGACAUUCGGUAGCGAAACCCUGACUGAAAGUCACACGGGCGUCCUAAAUCUCAGCAGAGUGCUGACCAGUCAAGGGGGCAUUUACACAUGCGAGCUACGCAACCAAAUGACAGGAGUGCGACGACACCAGAGCAUCGAACUGCUUGUUUAUGAGAGACCUGCGGGAAGUCCGCAGUGUUCUGUGCUGUCGAAUUACAACCGAAGCUUACAGUAUGAGUGCCGGUGGUCGGGUGGAACGCCGCCAGCGAGACUGUCUUUCCCUGAUUUCGGUGAAGGCAACAGCCUGGAAAACCUCUUGCUGACUGUCAACGCAUCAGUUGAAAUGGAUGGGAAAAUGGUCACCUGCCAGGCGCAGCAUCCCGUUGAACAUAGCGAGUGUAACAUCACGGCUAGGAGUCCGCAGAACUUCCUCCCGACCGUGAGCACUGACGUAGACUCUGAAGGCAAAAUAGUGGUCAGCAUCCAUUGCCUGAGCCGUGCUGAGCCUCCCGCCGUGGUGUCGUGGUUCAGAGGCGGCGAGCCGGUCAGCGAUGGGAACCUCAUCAGCGAUGACACCACCCGCCUCGAAGUCCGUCAUCACAACGCCAGCAUUCUCCUCCUUCAAAACUACACCUGCACCAGCCGCAACCCCCUCGGGGGCCGAAGCAAAGGCAUUCAUUUGCAAGAACCAUCCAUCUCCGAUUUCAGUCUGUUCCCGCACAAGGAAGGAACCAUCGUCACUUUGACAUGGGAAGUCCCACCUACCUCCAUCGUCACAGGUUUUGACAUCCAGAUGAAGGGGCCUCCCCUGGUGAUUGUAGACGGUAAUGUGAGUCGGACAAAAGGGGGCGCAGAUGAGUUCCGCACAAUCCUGCGUAAACCCGGCUCGGCCCGAAGUGCAGACGUCUUCCACUUGGAUCCCAAAUCCACAUAUCGAUUCCGGGUUCUUCCCAGAGCGCUGAUGACGGAAGGCCAGCCAACAAGAGCUGACCGUGCGGGCCCACCUGAGGGUCUAAGCGGCCCGGCAAUCGCGGGCAUCGCAGCUGGUAUCCCGUGCAGUAUUCUCUUCCUGCUUCUGCUGUGCGGCCUCAUUUAUUUUGCCAUCUACUGGAGCAAGACCAAAAGACGGCAGACAAGAUAUCCAGUCACUAGAACUGCUGAGAAGGUGACGACACCCCACAUGCAAGCACCUCACAAUUUGCUGCCUGGAGCCCCCAAGUCCCCCCCUGACUACAACAGAUUGCGUCAGACAUCAUCCAUUCUUUCAGUGGCCCCGCCCACUUUUGUCCCUCCUCCACCUGUCAGAGUUGCAACAACAGUCUGAGCCAAUUGAGUUUUGUACAGUAGGAUGUGUUUUUUUAAUAUGACGUAUGCGUGAUGUAUUCUCAAUUAGUGUAUGCAAUUUUGACCGGAAUAAAUUUUUACCUGACUCACGUUCAUCUGCUUUUUAUACUUUUUCUGUCACCAUAUUUAUUCUCCUAUUGUCUAUAAUAAAUCAUAUUUACCAUAGAAAAUUGUUUCCCACUUGUGGUUAUGUUGCGCUGUGAUCAAACAAAAAUGCUUAAAGGUUCACGUCAUUAUUUGAUUGCGAUUCAUCGCGAUUAAUAGAUGUUUCUUGUGUGAUUAAUUGCAAUUAAAUCCAAUAACCGUUUCCUAGCCCUAGUAAUUAGAGACUGCAUAUUCUUAUGUAUAUAUACAGUAUAUGUAUAUUUUAAUAAUGUAUAUUAAGAAUUAGAGAUGUCCCGAUCGAUCGGGAUGCCGAUCCCAAUACCCAAUCACGUCAUUUUCAAAGUAUCGGAAUCGGCAAAAAAAUAUCGGCCAUGCCUUUUUUUAAUUUUUUUUUUUUUUUUUAAUUAAAUCGUUUUCUAAUUGUAUUUAACGUUACAAACAUAAUAUGUUACACUCAUCCAGUGUCUUUAGUUUAGGCUUAAGGUAGGGUUAUCAAAUUUAUCCCGA